GCGUGAGUAGUUAGUUGGUAGUAAAAUGGUAAAAUGUUUUGAGGUGGUACAAUAAGCUGUAAUAUCGCGGCCGUUGCGACAAUUUCAUAUUUGAAUCGUGUUUUGUUUUAUUUGAGGAAAAAUCAACGCUACCGGCAUCCCCCCCCCAAAUUCGUCAUUAAUCCUAUAAGUCACGACCGAUAUUUUAUCCGGUCGGCAAUUGUCUCGGCGAGUUUGAUUUCCCUCUUCUCCCCCUCAUUCCACCCGACAGUCUUGCUUUUCAAAAUAUCUAUCUCCUCCAAUUUGACAGUUGCUUCGUGUCAAGCAGUGUCAAGUGUCAAGGAGACGCCUGCAGCCAUGAUGGACGGAAUAUGCGACGCGAAUGAUAUAUUAAACAGCGCUCCUCCGAAGAAGACUAUUCACGCCGAUACAAUCGACUUGUCGGACAAAUCUUUGCAAGUCGAUAUAUCAGACGCGCUCAGCGAAAAGGAUAAGGUGAAGUUUACCGUUCAUACCAAAACAACCUUGCCGGAAUUUCAGAAGCCUGAAUUUCUCGUCGUUAGACAACAUGAGGAAUUUGUUUGGCUUCACGAUCGAUUCGAGGAAAACGAGGAGUAUGCUGGAUAUAUCAUUCCGCCUGUACCACCGAGGCCUGAUUUCGAUGCUUCCAGAGAGAAACUACAAAAACUUGGAGAAGGAGAAGGUACUAUGACUAGGGAAGAAUUUACCAAAAUGAAACAAGAGCUCGAGGCCGAGUAUCUUGCUACGUUUAAAAAAACUGUAGCGAUGCACGAAAUGUUCCUUACUCGGCUGGCUCAUCAUCCUGUAUUUCGAAACGAUCAUAAUUUAAGAGUAUUUCUGGAGUAUGAUCAGGAUCUUUGCGUUAGAGGGAAAAAUAAGAUGGAGAUGUUUGGCGGAUUGGUGAAAUCAUUUUCAAAAACUACAGACGAAUAUUAUCUCUCCGCCACCGUGAAAGAUGUCAACGAUUUCUUUGAUCAGGAGAUGACGUUCCUUCAACAGUAUCAUCAAAAUUUAAAAGAAUCUACGGGCAGAGCAGAUCGUCAGACUGUUAAACACAAGGAUGUUGCAGAUUCUUACAUAAAAAUAUCCACCAAUCUCCUUCAGCUCGCUACGACAGAUAAUGGCAAAUUAGAAAGGUUUCUCACCAAGAUUGCCGAAACUCUUGAAAAACUUAGGAAAGUCGAAGGACGAGUUGCGUCUGACGAAGAUUUGAAAUUAUCAGACACUCUGAGAUAUUAUAUGAGAGAUACAGCCGCUGCGAAACGGUUGUUAUUUAGAAGACUGAAAGCUCUUCAUGCUUACGAAACUGCAAAUCGUACCCUGGAAAAAGCUCGCGCUAAAAAUAAAGACGUUCAUGCCGCACUGGAAGUUGCAGAGGCGGAACAAUCUCAGACCGAGGCGUGCGAGAAGUUUGAACAAAUGUCGGAAAAAGGAAAAGAAGAGCUUACGGAUUUUAAAACCAGGCGAGUAGCCGCGUUUAAAAAGAAUCUUAUCGAGUUAACCGAGCUCGAAAUUAAACACGCCAAAGCUCACGCCGAACUACUCAAGAAGUGUUUGGCUAAUUUGCGAGAAGAGUGACCCGAUCGGUUGAAAUAAUCGGAGGACGAUUAACGCUAACGUAUAAGAACAACUACAUUCUAUGAAUAGACGAUAUA